AUGGCCGACGCAACGACGUCCACCACGGACCCGGCCCUGACAGGGCCUAGCAGCCCAGGUCCCAACCCCAGUGCCGCCAACAACAACCAUAAUAGCCACGGCGAUGGCGACGGUGAAGACGCAGAGGGCACUAGCGAGCUGCCAGCAGCCGCGGCGGGCGUAUCUUCAUCGUCGCCCCCAGCCGACGGAGGAGACACAACCAUGGCAGACACAACGACGGGCGGAGAAGACGGGACUGGCGCGGGGGAAUCCAACGCCAAGGAGCGCAACUCGCUGACGCUGGAAAAACGCCGACACCUGCGGCUGUGGGCAUUUGGCCAGGCGGUGCGGCCGUCGCACCGUGCCUGCAUAGACUGGUUCUACGGGCAGUACGGGCAGCACAUAAGCCAGUCGACCGUGUCACACUCGCUAUCACCCAAGUACGCGCGGCUGGAUGAUAGCUCGCAGCUGUCGGGCUCCCGACUGCGGCUGGGCAACUGGCCCGACGUAGAGAAGCUGGUGCUGAGAUGGUAUCAGCAAGGCCUGGCGACGGGCCGACAGCCUACCAACGAUGAGCUGGGCGACAAGGCAAAGGCCAUCUUUAAGCAGCUGCCUCGGUACAAGGAUGAGAACCCCCCCGAGUUCUCGCCGGGGUGGAUCCACCGCUUCAAGAGGCGCUACGGCCUGCUGGCUAGGCGCCAGCGCCGUCCCAGCGAGAACCCGGCCGAGGAUGUCCGCUACCUAGCCGAGUACGUGCCGCGCUUUAUGGACAUCACGCCCGACACGAGCCUUCCCUCGAUAAGGGAGCAGGUACUCCGCGUCAUCGGCGUCGAUCCUAGCCUCCACAUCUGCGCCCUCGUCCGCGACGAGGUCAUCCGCCGUCUCUCGAAUCCCGGGGGCAAUGGCACUGGUAACGGCGAGGGUGUCACCACCGCCACCACCGCCGCCGCCGCUGCGGCGCCCCCCAUGUCCCCCCCGCCCAUCAUCCCCGCCAUCCCUGCGCACCCUGAUCAGCCCCUCUAUGCCGACGACGACCCGGAGGUUGUCUUGCAGAAUGCCUUGCGUCAGCUCCAGCAGGAGGAGCAGGCUGCCGAGGAGCAGGCUGCCGCCGUCCGCGAGGAGCGGGAUAACACCGACACCGCCGGUCUCGCCCAGCAGGCCAUGAUCGCUACCCCCAACGGCCGCGCCAACUCUGACCCCCGCUAUGCUACACCCGCGCACGAGAUGGGGCCCGAUCUGACCCUGACGCCUAUCCACUCUGAGGGACCACUGGCGUCCAGCGAGCGGCCUAUCCGCUGCCCGUUUUGCGUCAACCAGCGUAUGCUGCGCAGUAUCAAGGAAUCUGUGGAGCACAUGUCGACGCAUGUCGUCGUUUGA